GCUGUUCUUGGACACAUCUCAUGAUCUGCGGCGCAGAAGCUCCGAGGUUCCCUCCGAGUCCAGGGGAAAGCAAGUUCAUCCAGUCCAUAUUAAGCACAUGGGAGGGUGUACGCAAACGCGUUAACGAUACGUCGUCCAGUGGCAUGGAGGUCACGGAGCCCGCCGUCACUGUAUCAAGCGAUGCUGCGUCCGUCCGCGCCACAUUGGACGCCUUCCUCAACGCCCUGCAGCAGACAACAGAUUGGCCAUUUGAAGGGCAAGCAGACCUUCUGAACUACGGUGCUCUGCUUGAUGCGUUCCAUGUCGUGCUGGGGGAACUCACACACACCGAUGGUGGUGCCAACACCUCUCUACUGUUGGCCGACGAGGGCAAGAACACCACCGCCGCCCCACCAUCCUCCUCGACCCAACGAUUUGCGUGGGGAGUGUCGGACCGAGAACGUUUGGCGUACCAAGUGCUUCGUGUGACCGCAAUCCUCUUGGAGAACUCGAUCAACAAGCACAAGUUCCCGUCGCUCGACCACGUGACGUCGUUGAUUGCGUCCACCAGCGACCGCGUUAGCCUUGAAGCCGUCAAAGUCGUAGCCAUGCUGUCGCUGCCCCCUCACUCCCAUCGCCACCCCAUCGACACACAAAACCAAUCGGACGCCAUGCUCACGGGGUCAUCCACGUUGAAGAAGCGCCUGUUGGUCGUCGCCGACGCCCUCGGCAACGUGGCGAUGGCGGAUUACUUGUCCGAGCCUUCUUCUUCUUCCCCGAACGAUUCCCUCGUGUAUCAGUACUACCUCUUCGACGAUCAAGUGCAGGACAGCGUGCUGGUGUCUGUGGCCAUCCCUCGCUUUGUUGGCAAUGGUUCCGUCGACGCGUGGUCCACAGCGACCCUGGCCGCCCUCGUCGACCAAUUCAGCGUCCCCUCCAAGCACCACUUGAAGCUUCUCUGUCGCAUCCGCUCAAGUGCGUGGCGCGAGCAUCGACAUACCCGCGAAGCCGCCGUUGUGGCCCGACUGCAAGCGUUUUUGGCGCUCUUUUCGCUGUUUGGAGACGCCCAUGACGUGGUGCAGUACCUGGAAGAGCAUCCAGACCUCACGGCAGCCGUACUCGACCUCGUUGAAUCCCCCGCCACAGAAGACGACAAGGACGACCAACCGUCCAUUCCAUUGGCGGUGCAAGUGGCCGCCCUGCAUGUCCUCACGGCGCUCGUCAACGACAAGCGGUCGCGGGGCGUGGGGGUGCUGAGUCGCCAGUCGGCGGUACUCACAACCCUCGGCGUCGGCCGCGGUGCCACCCCCGGCGCGUUCGUGUCGCUCGUGCGGACCUGCCUGGGCGGCUUGGUCCUGGACGACAAGGCCACCGCCGCCGCCGAUUCCAGCCCCGCGGACGACGUCGACAUGGACCUGGCGGUGGCAUUUGUAGAAGCCACCAACAACAGUCAAUCAACCACCGCUUUGCUUCGUCCUUUUCGAGAUGUGGCGAGUCCCCGGGGCCGACGGCUGACGUGGUCAGAGCACGUUUUGGGGCUGCUGUGUCCUCUCGUAGGUCUGCACGCCGGCGCGUCGACGAUGACAGAGUGCGGCGUCGUGCCUUCGCUCCUGCAUGCGAUUUCGUGCCGGUCUGUGAGUCCACUGCACACGUCCGUGCUGGUUCAGUGCAUCCAGGCGCUGGAAUUGACACUGACCAACCACGCACCUGCUGCCAUCUUGUUCCGCGAACUCAACGGCGUGACCAUCUUGGUGGACCGGCUAAGCCAGGAGAUUGUUCCAUCUCCUUCCGACUCGGCGCGCGUGCUGGUCGUGGCGCUGCUCAACAUGCUAUCCGUGUCAUUUCAUACCCAGGGCGUCAUGAGUGCUGGCACGACCCCGCGCUUCAUCCGCGAAGAUGCUACGUUGAAUAAACUGCUCCAUCGGAUUCUACGACACUUGGACGUUUAUGGCACGAUUGUGUUUUCGCAAGCUGCGACGCUCGUGGCUGAUAUCAUCAACAACGACCCUACAUGUGUGAACCACGUGCAUGCGACAGGGUUGGCCGAUGCCUUUCUCGAGUCCACGUGUCGAUGGGACCUCCACGCCGUGACCCGCGCCAGCUCCCCCAUCCUCCCGCCCUGCCCCGAGCUCAUGAUGGCCCUCCCGAACGUCGUGUCGGCGCUGUGCAUGACGAGUACCUACAUAGACAAAGUAGCGGCGUUCGAACCACUCGCGUACCUUCUCGACAUGUUUACGCUGCCGACGUAUGUAAGCGACAUCGACUACCUGCAGGGGGACGUGGCGUCCAUCGUCGCCACCGGUCUGGACGAGCUCAUGCGCCAUGUGCCGUCGAUGGCUCGGUUUUGCAUUGAAGCGUGCACGCGCGCGUUGAAAAAGGUGGUCGCCGCAACUACGUGCUCACAUGCGACACUGCUCCGCCUCACCAUGCAUCUCUGUGACGUGGUGGAGCCCGUGCUCGCCAAGGUCGAGCACGCCACACGCUUUGCCGACAACGGAGGGGUCGAUGCCCUUAUGCACCUGUACGGCCGCGUCCUCCCGCCUUCGUCCACGUACGUAUCGACAUCGUACAACCAGAUGUCGCCGCUGCCACAUUACACGGCAUCGCAGAGCCUCACGCUGGCGGCGCGCGCGUACGCGAGUCAUCAGCCUGCGGCGAUGCUGGCUAAACUCAUGGCGGCGCUCGUGGUGGAGCUGGAUCAGGUCGAUGUGAUGGAGGUGCCACCGACCGACGUGCGCGCCGACUAUUUGCGACAGUUGGCGCAAAUCGAAUGGCUCGUGUCGCUGGUUGUGUGGACCAUCCGGACGCCGCACGCCAGUGGUGGCUCCCAAAGUCGUCGGUUGAUGGCAGAGUUUACGUCCCCGUCGAGCCAGCGGGUGCUCACUCGGGUGUUUACCCUCGACCGAUCGGUGCAGUUGGAGCGCAUGGCGUUGGAACGUCAUACUGCUCACGACGAACCAAGUACUAGUACUACUACUAGUAGUAGUACUAGCAGCCAUGGCGAGGUGGGCCAGAUUGCGAGUCUGUUGACACUCAAGUUUUCGCUCAUGGUGCGCAACCUGCAGCGCAAAUUUGCCCGCACGAUUUGCACCCAGUUGUCGUCUUCCAGUGACCUUCACAACCAGCUCGACUCGAUCGUGCAAGUGCUACAGCUGACGUUGGACUCGAUUCUCGCGACUAGCGACCGCUAUAUCCGCCAUGGCGCCCUUGUGUUUUUGAUGGAAACCAUCACGGCGCUGCUGUUUGACGGCAAGCGGGAGCGAGGGGGGGUGGUGGUGGUGCUGCUGCCUCUAGCCCUCGAGUUUAUCGACAAAAAGUUGUUGGUGCGGGUGCUGGAAGCGUUUACAAGCGCAGUGACAACGGACCUCCCCGACCCGACCAAACAGGACGUGCGCCUGUGCCAGGCAGGAGCGGCGCUGCUCCAUCACUUGGCCGACGUCCAGGCCAUCGCGUCGUCGAAAUCCAAGCCCGCUCUUCCAGACACUGACCUCAUCCGGUUGAAAGCCACGUUUCACAUCCUGGCCACGGACGCGGUGCUGCCGGUUUGGACACACCCGCGGCUCCCCGCCGCCGGCAAGGUGGUUUCGGCCGUGGUGCCGGUGGUGGCGACCCUGUUGAAGCAAUGCUUGGACAAGACGACGGAUGGGGGGACGCCCACGAGUGCGCCGCCCGCCGACUUGACGCUGGACGCGUCGGUGGUGUCGAGUCUGGAAAUGAUGGGGUUUACGCUGUCGCAUGUAGAGCUCGCGCUGCGCCAAAUCGGCGCCAACGACGUGGAAAUGGCCAUGGAGUGGCUUCUCGAGCACCCCGAAGUCGAGUUUGUCGCCCAAAGCGUUGACCCCAACCACGUCGCAUCCGCCGGCUCUUUGCCAUCCAGCCCAGUGCCAACAUAUACAGCGCUGCGUGCAACGUUGGCGAGCGUCCCGUUGGCGGUCGUAUCAGCGUCGACCGACGAAUGUGUGACACGGGCUGUGGCGGAUCUGUUGGUGCUGCAGGCCUCGCAGGCGGAUGAAGACCGCGUCCGCAUCGUGCAGAGCUUUGACCAGUACCUCAACACAACGUCGUCGUCGUGCCUCGAAUCGGUGGCGCAUGUGCUGGCGUUGGUCGUGCACGGCGACUGCAAAUCCCGCGCGGUGCUGCUGACCCAAGCCAGUGCCACGGUGGCGCGACUGGUCCAGAUCGUAGAAAACCAGUCGGACUCUGUCGACGACUGUGUGGCGCCGAUUCUGCUCGUACUCGACGCGCUGGCAGUCGCCGACGAUACCGCCGCUGCCGCGACCCUCGACCCUGCCACGAAACAACAGCUGGUCGACAGCUGCGCCCGGUUGAUGCGUCUGGCGCUGCCGUCCGGCGUCGCCCACGCGGUGUGGCAGGUGGCUGUGCGGCUCACGCGGGACCUGGAGCUCGUGGAUCGCUUUGUGGCUGUCGACGGCGUCGACGCGUGUAUCAACACGCCAAGUGUGUUUGACGGGUACAAGGAGCUCACGUCGGCGAUUCUCGCGCACGUGUUGGAGUACCCCGAGGUGCUGCAGGCUCGGAUGGAGGAGAAGAUUGUGCAGAGCAUGAAGAAGCUGUCGCUUCGUCUGGGCGGCGGGUCCGUGUCGUCUGCGCAGCGGAUCCUGCCGCGGAAUUUACUGUCCGACUUGGGUGUCGUGGCCAUGCGCGACGAGAAGCUGUUUCUGUCUGCGCUGAAAGAAACUGUCCAAGUCAAGAAGAGCUCCACCGGGCGGGUGUACGUACAGCUCAACGACACGGAUGACACGGACAUCGGAUCCAAGAAGCUCACGCGGCUGCCCAUCCCCCACGCAUCCAAGAUCAUGGCGCUGCUCGUCCGCCGCGUCGAGUCGCUGUGGGCGACCAAAGACCCGGCGACCGCCACAUACCUCUACUUCCUCGUACACCUAGUCACAAUGUUUCGGACGUCGUGUGGCGCGGUGCUGCUGGCCGACCACGGGCCGUUCCUGUCCCAGGUAAUGCGGGAGAUGGUGCCGUACCCUGAACUCAACGCCAAGCUGAGGGGGGAUGACGACAAGGAGGACGAGGCCAAGAGCAGAGUCCACCACGCGCAUCGGCUGCUCGUGCACCUAUGUGCACACCCAGAUGGGUGCAAGAAGAUCCUGCUGGACGUGGCGGCGUUGCUCGAAGCGUGGCCGACCCACGACACCACCAACAAAUCGUACGCGCUGACGUGUUUGCACGGGUGGUGCGCGUUGCUCAUGAGUGUGCUGUGGCCCCGCGAAGACAAGGACAAGAUGUGGGAACACACCAAGGCAUUGCUGGGCAAGAAGGACGUGGUGGCCCUCUUGAUGCAAGCGCUUCGCCGCGUCGACUUGUCACAUCCGCUGGCGCGGUCCACGGUGACGAUGGUACUGCGUCCGUUAGCGGCGCUUACCCGCCCAUGGGUCGCGCAUCGAUUGAAGAAGAAGAAACAGCACGACAAGGCAACAUUAACGACGGCGGCGGCGGCAGACGAUCCAGCGGCGGCGGCAGACGAUCCAGCGACGACGACAACGUUCCAUGACGAACCAUCGCGACUUCGAGUGUCGAGUGCCGAGUUCGAAGACAUUCGCAUGUCCAAUCCUGAAGAAGAGGAGGAGGAGGAUGACGAAGAAGAAGAUGGUAUGAGUGACUCGUCUGGCAACGACGAAGAAGGGGAUGAUGAAGAAGGGGACGACGAAGAAGGGGACGACGAAGAAGGGGAUGAAGAAGAAGAAGACCCCGUGGACGAAGAUGGCGAGUUCUGGCAUGCCCCCAACAGAGGAGGAGCGACUAGCCAGCAUCCGCCGCUGUGGGAGUCGUUGGAUGACGGCGGCUUAUUUCAGAGCGAAGACUCGCAAGAGAGCAGCCACAGUCGUGAUUCUCCUCGGCAUCCACGGUCUGCCGACGCCGCCGCCGACGAUGGCGACCCGCGGUCGAUUGGGGACCUGUUUGCGUUCCAUCGGCAUCCCCCCGGACUCCACCAUCCGGCCCCGUCGGCGUCGCAGUGGAGCCAUCUCUUUCGAGAGUUUGAACAGGACGGACCCCCGCGUGGUAGCAGUAGUACCCACCACCGCCUUGGCCGGCAACACGACGACGACUACGAUGAGGAUGACAGAGUGUUUGACCUGCGAGAUCAAGAUGAAGACGAUGUGUUUUCGAUCCCGUUGAAUGUAUUGGAGCGAGCCCACGCCAACGGAUUUCGACUAGGUGGCGGCGCCAUGCGACAACGUGCAAACACCACGGCAACAGGUCCAACAAAUGUGUCGGUGGCUGGGUUGACCCAUCCGUUGCUCGCCCAAGAAGGACGAGGAGGAGGAGGAGGAGGACGGGGGCAGGCCCGACGACCCCCCAGUCGCCACCACCACCAUCACAACCCCAACAACGUGUACUCGAUGCACGCAUCCUUUCGACGGAGUUUGCUGGCGGAAAUGGGCAGUCAUAGCAGCACCGUGUUGCCGCCAUCGUCGUGGGACAACGACCCCCAGUCGCAUGUCCGCCAAGUAGUUCAGCGCAUGGAGCACGAGCUGAACGACCUGUGGCGGCCAGAUGAUGAAGCUGCUCAGCCUUCGGCGGACGACGAAUCCGUCGCUGUGCAGGCUUUGACGAGCACGCUCGGGGAAUCGUCGCUGGACUCGCCCCCUCCCGAAGUACCAAAUCUCCCUACGCAAGUAGCCGUCGACACGACGGCCUCCAACGACGAGCCACAACCGUUGCCCCCCUCUCCUCCAAGUGGAGAAGCAGCUACAACCGCCGCACCUGCCGCCACCGAGGCAAAUGAACCCUCGGCAGCGGACGGACCAGUGGAAGAGACAGGUGGCCCCGUACCUCCGGCACCCGUCGUCGACGCGGCAGCCCUGUUCAACUUUACGUUGGACUUAGGAACGUUGCCGCCGCCGCCGCCGCCGCUUGUGGCCCCCCGUGCUGCCGAAGAUACAGUCGAUGCAGAACCCACGACGACCCAACUGGUGUGUCCCGACGGGAUGGAUCCGGAAGUGUUUCACUCGUUGCCACCCGACAUGCAGGCCGAAGUGAUUGCAGCCAACCCGCGUCCAUCCACGGCGGCUCCGUCCUCCCCCGUCGUCGUCGUGGACGGCGCGUCGUUCCAGUCGAGCUACGAUCAGGACACGUUGGACGCACUCCCAGCCGACAUUCGCGACGAGAUUCUCGCCAAUGAACGGCGCGAGUGGGAGCUGGCGACGGCGCCCCCCCCAGACAUUUCGCUGGCGCAGGACAUGGACAACGCGUCUUUUGUAGCUUCUCUGGCCCCGGAACUCCGCGAAGAAAUCCUCGUCACAUCGGACGAUGCGUUCCUGCAGACGCUGCCGUCGUCUGUGCGGGCAGAGGCGAUGAUCCUUCGCGAACGCGCGGCAUUUCGGGCAGUGCAGGCCCACGGCCGCCUGAGCCAAGCCGACGACCAGACGGCGCACUUUUUUCAACGCCCGACGCUGCGGCGUAUGCUGACAAGUCACGGGAACGAUCUGGGUGGCGGCGGCGGGAUGUCGACCCGUCGGUACGGACGAGGCGCCCGCGAGGACGGACGGGGGCUGUUGGUUCCGGCGGUCGAGGACGAGUCGAAGCGCGGCCUGGUGCACGUGGACAAGGAAGAGUUCGCCGACGCCCCCCCCGACCACUUGGCCAGUGUCACAGAAGCGUCGAUCCAGCACUUGUUGACGGUACUGUACAUGUCUCAGUCCAUCCUAAAGCACCACCGGGUGUUUCAAACGGUCGUGUCCAACCUGUGCCUGUACCCGACGCUGCGGCGGUGGGUUCGAAGCAACCUUGUGCACGUGUUGGCCGGGACCCGUCCAUCCGCCGUCGACAGUACAAAGUUUCCACCGUCGGCGAUGAUUGGUUGCAGUGGAAGCCAAAACGAUGGCGAAGUGCUGGCCCGGGGACUAACUGUUCUCGUGGCUCUUACCAAGGAUAACGUGCGCCUGCGAGUCGACUUUUUGCAGAGCAACGGACUGAGUACGCUUGUGGCAUUGCUUGGUGUGACGCGCAACGGCAGCCACUUGGACUUGUUGCUGGAAGCGCUCGAGUACGUGACGAGUCCGCUGAUUCGUCUGGCGGGUCCCGCGGCCGACCACAAGUCGCCAGAAGUAGACACCGAUGCUGCGACAGAGUGGAUUCCAGUGCCCACGGUGGUGCUCUCGGCGACGGAAUUGCACCAUUUGGUGUCGGUGCUGGCACUGGAUCAGUGCACGGCACCAAUGCAAACACGCGUGCUGAGCAUCCUCAAGCUACUGUCGACUACCCCCGAGACCCAACAGGCUGUCUUGGACACGCUCGUCGAAAGCUGCGACAGAGUCAUCUCGGCAUCGCACACGACGAAUACCGCGGCCUCCGUGCUGCAAACCCCCCAGCAAGAAGUCAAGCUUCUGCGGUUACUGCACACGCUGUCCGACCUGUCGGCCACCACUGAGCAAUUCACCGACCACGUGCAGAAACGACUCAACCUGCUGCCCGUAUGGCAGGCGUUGAGUGCAUCCCUUGCCGCGGCGCGGGCAGUGGAAGGCUGGGGCUUCGACAAAGAAGAUGCCGAUGAAACCGACGGCGGACGACUGGGUACGGUCAUCGAAGGCAAAAGCGCCGGCGCGUCGUGUGCGAUGGGCGCCCUCCUGACGCGAUUCCUGCCCAUGAUCGAAGCGUUCUUUGUCGUGAACGCCCGUGACGCGGCGCACAUGACGCUAGCGCCCCCCUCCGGCGACGACGACCUCCCAGUGGACGUCCAUGCGACACUGUUGGCCAACUUUGUCGAGGCCAACCGCGUGCUACUCAAUAUGCUCGUGCGGGAGAAGCCAUCGUUGCUCGAUAACUCGCUGGCGGCGCUGAUCAAGAUCCCGCAGUGUCGCGCAUUUCUGGAUUUUGACAACAAACGUACGUACUUUCAAGCGUCGAUGAAGCGGCUGCGCCAUGCGUCGCUGCGGUCGCAGGGUGGCGGCGGCGGGUCGUCGUCCGUGCGCCUGCCCGUCCGCCGCGACCGCGUGUUUGAAGACUCGUACUAUGCGCUCCGCAUGCGCAGCGGCCACGAGUUGCGCAGAAAGCUGCACAUUUCAUUCACGGGCGAAGAAGGCAUCGACGCCGGCGGCGUGACGCGAGAAUGGUAUACGAUAUUGGCGCGCGAAAUCUUCAACCCCAACUACGCGCUGUUUACGUCGGCCGCGGACUCGCCGACGUUCCAGCCCAACCCGCUGUCAUUUGUCAACAAGGACCACUUGAGCUACUUUGAGUUUGUGGGCAAAGUGAUUGGCAAGGCGAUCGCGGAUGGCCAGCUGCUAGACGCGCAUUUUACCCGGUCGUUUUACAAGCACAUGCUGCAGCUGCCACUGUCGUACUCUGACAUGGAAGCCAUCGACCCCGAGUAUUACCGCAACUUGCACUCGAUUCUAGACAACCCAAUUGACGCCCUUGGGCUGGACUUGACGUUUUCCAUCGAGCACUCCAACUUUGGCAAGGUGGACGUUGUCGACUUGGUGCCCCACGGCCGAGACGUGGCCGUGACCGACGACAACAAGCUAGAGUAUGUCAAGCUCGUGACACAUCAUCGCAUGGCCACUGGCAUCCGGUCGCAGAUCGACUCGUUUCUCGGCGGGUUGCAUCAGCUCGUGUCGCCCCAGUUGAUUUCUAUCUUCAACGAGAACGAGCUCGAGCUCCUGAUUUCUGGCAUGCCCGAGAUUGAUAUUGACGACUUAAAGGCCAACACGGACUAUGCCAACUACAAGCCCACGGACAAUGUGAUUCGGUGGUUCUGGAACGCCAUGUACUCGUUUACACACGAAGAGCGCGCGCUGUUCAUCCAGUUUGUCACGGGCACAUCCAAAGUACCGCUGGAAGGGUUCAAAGCGCUCGAAGGCAUGCGCGGCACGCAAAAAUUUAACAUCCACAAGGCAUUUGGGUCGAGUGCAUCCCUCCCCACGGCGCAUACGUGCUUUAAUCAAUUGGAUUUGCCCGAGUACGAAAACGAAGACCAGCUCAAGACGAGAUUGGUGCUCGCGAUUCGAGAAGGAUCGGAAGGGUUUGGCUUUGGGUAAAGCGAAGGAACAAAACAGCCAUCGUGUUGAAUCAAUUGCAUUUUCGUUUAUUUUC